AUGGCACACUCCACGGUCGGCAUCAUCUCUGACACCCACGGGUCGAUUGCGGCCUGGACGAAGGCGCUCUCCGCCUUCCGCGCUGCCGGCGUCGAGCACAUCCUGCAUGCGGGCGACGUGAUCGGUGAGAAGAAGGGCGAGACGGUGUCGAGCCUGCUGGCGGAGCUGAGGGAGGUGGCGCCAGUCACGGCUGUGCGUGGCAACACCGACGACAGGUACGACGGCGGCCACGGGUGCCCGACGACUGCCACCUACGAGGACAGCGUCAGCGGCGUUCGAUGCUUUGUUCACCACGGCGACCUCAUCGCACACAAGGACGACGAAGUUGUGCUGUCCGAGCUCAGGCCGCCCGGCGGCUGGCGGCCAAAGGGAGAUAUUAUCGUGUACGGCCACACGCAUGUGCCGCGCCUCGAGAGGCACCCGUCAGGCGUCCUCUUCCUCAACCCUGGCUCGACUUCUGGCAAGCAUAUGCCCGGCAAGCUCUGCCCAAAGCAGGCCGCGCUCCUCGACUGUUUGCCUGGCGGAGCGGUGGCCGUCAGGGUGGUGGCGCUUGGCGGCGGCGAGGCGUCCAUCUCAGAAUGGGAGCCUGUCGACAUGGCGCCCCCCGCUACCCGGUUGCACUCGUGCGACGUAGCGGGGGGCCACAACUACGUUUACGAAAACAUAAGUAGUCCCGCGAGGUCCGCCGAAGCGUCCAGCGCCGCGAGGAAGCGCAAGGGUAGCAGCAGCAGCAGCAGCAGCGCCGUUUCUGAGAGCGAGCAGACGCGCAAGGCCCUCCAGCGGGCUCGGCAGCAGGAGGCGCUCGCGCUGCGGGCAGAGGGCAAGGAGUACACUCCGACAAAGAGGCAGCGCAAGCGCAAGCCCAAGGAGCGGCGGAAGUGGGACGAGCGCGCUGCCUCCAAGCUGCAGGCGUGCCACGCCGCUGCCGCGCCGCCGCGCCGCCUCGAUGCCGCUUGUGCUCACCGCCGUGGUGUGCGACAGGCGAAGCGCGAGCUGGGCAAGAAGCUGCGCAAGGAGAAGAAGGGUGCGCCGGAGGUUGUUGUGGUGCCCAUCUUCUGGAAGGGCCAAGCCGGCCAGCGCGGCAAGGCGGGCAAGCGCGUCGAGGUGGACGCGGGACACAAGUACACGCCCGGCCAAAAGUUUGCGCACUGGGAGCACCGCGGGACGAUGCUACGGGUCGAGGUUGGCCCUCGCGAGUCGGAGCGCGGAUGCUGCACUGUGGCGCGCACCUUCACGCCCGGCGAGCCGGCGCACCGCGUGGAGCAGGUCCAAGUGGAGGCGGAGGGGCUGGUGGCCGAGCUUGAGCGGCUCGCGGCGCUGAAAGAGGAGGAGCGCGACGCGGCGGCGGAGCGCGCGGCGGCGGACAAGGGCAUGACGCACAACGGAAGCUGGAAGAUCGCGGCGGUGGGCGGUCGCGGCAAGAGCAGUGCCGCCGCCGCCGCGCCGCCGUCUGAGUCGGCCGCCGAGGCGCCGGCGAGGAGCGCCGAGCCCACGCGGAAGAGGGCGAAGGUGGUGAAGUUCUGA